GACGGCUCUCGUCAUGAGUUAAGGUUCGCUCUGUUUGUCCUCAGGUUUCAGGACUCAUCCGGUUUCCUGCAGUUGGUUUUUCUUCACAGACACUCGGCGUGAAGAAUGAACACAGACAGCCAGCAAGACGUUUCUCCACAAGACCAGGAGACAGAGUUUGACGGUCCACCUUUGCAAAAGCAGAAGAGGAUCGUCUUCUUCUCCAGCGGUGAAAGUCUGGAGCUGGAGGACUCUGAAGAAGACGAGGCAGAGGAGCAGAAGUCACACAGAACCCCAGAACCAACGGGGAGGAACCGGCUGUCGUUCAAGAAUGUUGCCAUUCUAGUUGGGAGGAUGUCCCUGCUGGCCUGUGAUUUCCUUGGCGAGAGACUGGCCGGCGCUCUUGGGCUGAAUGGAGCCAAAUAUCAAUAUGCGGUAGAUCGAUAUUAUCGUGAGCAGAAGAUUACAGGUCACCAUUUGGAGGACCAGGCAGAGGACACUCACCUUUCCCCUGGGCUAGAAGGGGGUCACUAUGGAGCCACGGGAGGCGUAGGCAGUCCCUCCGAUCCUGGCGAGAGCCGUGAUGACAAACAUGGACACAAACACCAAGGAUGCCAAAACAGAGCCUAUCAACGCGACGAGGACAGCUAGUCAUAAAGCAGCAGGACUGAAAAUAGAGAGGAAUGUGAACACCUGAUGUGCAAUGUGGAUUUUGGGUUGAUGGUUUAAUGAUAGCAAAUGUGUUUUGAGAGAAGCAAAGACAUUGAGGAAACUGAUGUAGGUGGCAGAACUGCAUAAAAUGCAUCCCUACGGUUCUGGAGAUACCAGAGGAAAUGCUGCUGAGUCCAAUGUUUUCUCUACAUGUCAGGAGCAGAAAGAAAAUAUGGCACAGAUUUACCCCUCCCCUCCCCAACCUAUUGCUGAGUGCAGCUGGCAACAAUAAGACUAUUUCCACUUUUUUAAUGCA